UCUUGAAAACAAAUAUUCUCAAAGUCCCAUUCACCAAACCUUUUACUGAAUUUAUGUAAAACGAAAAAUUACAUGUCAUGGUAUAUUGAACUACAGUAGACCUCAACGAUUGAUUACAAGACCAUGAUCAAGUCCAAAAAUGUUCAACCGACUGUAAACGCAACGCAGUUUCGUGAAAAGUGCACUCAGCAAAGGUCCUGUUAUCUAGCACAACAAGAGCAACCUAAAGAGGUUCAAGGUGCUAUGACAGAGAAGGAGAGGAGGGAGACCACAAUUUGCCAUCUCAAGUCAGCAGAUGCGCUCAACCGGAUCCGUGGCAUGAGGCUGCGUCACCAGCACAUCAGGACCCAAGAGAUCAACUUGAUGAUCGCCUGUCAGCUCACUGCCCAAAGUGCUCUACGUUUGGAGCUCCUGCUGCCAGUGAAGGAGACCAAACUCUGUGUUCGGGACAGUCUUAACACAAUGGAGAGGAAAAGGGUUGAGGCUCUGCUGGACAACAGCUGUGAGUGUCUGGACAGACGCUGACUGCACCAUGAUACAAGACGCGUAAUAAAAGGCCCUCAGAUGUCUU